AGAGCGCCAUAUUCAACAUCACCCUCUCUUUCUAUUUCCAUCUCCUUUCCAAAUUCAGCUAUUCCUUAUCCAUUAAUACAAUACUCUACACAAAAUGCCUGGAAUCGCCAUUGGUAGUUUGGGUGACUCCUUCAGUGGCAGCUCUAUCAAAGCCUACAUUGCAGAGUUCAUCUCCACCUUGCUCUUCGUCUUCGCCGGAGUAGGUUCUGCCAUCGCUUAUGGCAAAUUAACAGCAGAUGCUGCCCUAGAUCCAGCUGGUCUUGUAGCCAUCGCUGUUUGCCAUGGAUUUGCUCUGUUUGUUGCCGUAUCAAUCGCUGCCAACAUCUCCGGCGGCCACGUCAACCCAGCUGUCACCUUCGGUUUGGCCGUCGGCGGCCAGAUCACCGUCCUUACCGGCGUGUUUUACUGGAUCGCUCAACUUCUUGGCUCCACCGUCGCAUGCUUCCUUCUCAGCUUCGUCACCGGAGGCCUGGCUGUUCCUACACACAAUGUUGGAAGCUUAGGAGCAAUUCAAGGAGUAGUUUUCGAAAUUGUUAUCACAUUUGCGUUGGUGUACACAGUGUACGCCACCGCAUGUGACCCAAAGAAGGGGUCAGUUGGCACAAUUGCCCCAAUGGCAAUCGGGUUCAUUGUUGGCGCCAACAUUUUGGCAGCAGGUCCAUUCUCUGGUGGAUCAAUGAACCCAGCUAGAUCUUUUGGACCUGCUGUAGCCAGCUUUGACUUUUCUGGACACUGGGUGUACUGGGUCGGACCCCUCAUUGGUGGUGGUUUGGCUGGAGCCAUUUACCCAAAUGUGUUCAUCUCCUCCGAUGAACACAUUCCCGUCUCCAACGACUAUUAGAUUUUCAUCGUUAUCGGUUGAUUGUGUUGAAUUAAGUUCCAAGGCUUUUUUAAUUGUACAAAUAAGUAGAAAAGCAAUUUGUUUGUUUUUCUUUGUUCUUGUUUAUUCAUAUUUAUGAGAUGCUCAUAAGAUUGUGUUUUUUCGUAAUUGGGUAAUGGAGCAAAUGCAUGAUUGGUUAGUAAAA